AUGUCCUGGAUGAUGUGCGCACGAACGUCCCAGGGGAAAUUUAAUAUGUUGUCUCGUGUACAUAAAAACAGACUCGCAUCUGCUCCUCGGUCUCUCUUCUCUUUCUAUUCCACUGCAAUCUUGAAGCCCUCACACACCAUCACAAUGGCUCGAUAUCCUUCCCUGCCUACUCAGCAAAGCCGCCCGGUGCACGCUACUCCGGCGCCUUUUGUGAAUCACGCCUCGCCUGCUGAUGCCAACUAUGACACUGCCAACCCUUCAUAUAUUCGCAAGUACUUGCGCACGUACGGCCUCACUCCUCCUCGCGCCGAGGGCUACGAAACACAAAAGACCCGAUGCCUGGCUCAGCUCGGCCUCAAGAGCACUCCCAUCGAGAAAUUCCUAUACCUCAGCACUCUGCGCAAGAACAAUGUACAUUUGUUCUACCGUCUGGUGACCGACCACCUCAGGGAAAUGACGCCUCUGAUCUAUACCCCGGUCGUGGGCGAGGCCUGCCAAAGGUGGUCCGAGAUCUACCAACAGCCCGAAGGUAUGUACCUGAGCUGGGAGGAUCGCGGCAAUCUGGCUUCUGUCAUCGCCAAUUGGCCCCAGCCUAAUGUCGAGAUCACAUGUAUUACCGAUGGCUCCCGUAUUCUCGGCCUGGGUGAUCUGGGCAUCAACGGUAUGGGUAUCCCCAUUGGCAAGUUGGCGCUCUACACUGCAUGUGCGGGUAUUCGUCCCGAGGCCACUUUGCCUCUGACUCUUGAUCUCGGCACUGGCAACAAGUCCCUCCGGGAAGACCCGCUCUACAUGGGUAGCCGCCGUGACAAGAUCUCUCCUGAAGAGGAGCGGGAAUUCUUGGACGAGCUGAUGGCAGCUCUUACCGAGCGCUGGCCUGGUAUCGUCAUCCAAUUCGAGGAUUUCAAGAAUCCUUUCCCCGCACUUGAGCGUUACCGCGACAGCUUCACAUGCUUCAACGAUGACAUCCAGGGUACCGGUGCUGUCAUCCUUGGUGGUGUCAUCAACGCUGUCAAGCGUUCCGGCCUGCCCUGCAAGGACCACCGCGCCGUGUUCUUCGGCGCUGGCAGCGCCGGUGUCGGCGUCGCCCGCCAGAUUGUCGAAUUCUUCAUGCGCGAAGGCAUGACCGAGGAUGAAGCCCGCAACUGCUUCUACCUCGUCGACACCAAGGGUCUUGUCACUGCUGACCGCGGUGACAAGCUCGCCGACCACAAGGUCUACUUCGCCCGUCGUGAUAACAAUGGCGAGCAGCACAAGACUCUCGAGGAGGUCAUCGACCACGUCAAGCCCUCUAUCCUCAUGGGUCUCUCUACCAUGGGCGGCGUCUUCACCCCAGAGAUCCUGCGCAAGAUGGCCGACUUGAACACGGCUCCUCUCAUCUUCCCUCUCUCCAACCCCUCCUCCAAGUCCGAGUGUGACUUCGAGACCGCCAUUACCCACACCGAUGGUCGCUGCCUCUUCGCCUCCGGCUCCCCCUUCCCCAACUUCACCUUCACCAACUCCGCCGGCGAGACCCGCACCUACUACCCCGGCCAGGGUAACAACAUGUAUGUCUUCCCCGGUAUCGGUCUUGGCAGCAUUCUGUCCAAGGCCGUCCGUGUCACCGACAGCAUGAUCUACGCCUCCGGUGAGGCCCUCUCUGCGGCUCUCACUGGCGAGGAACUCGAGCGUGGUCUCCUUUAUCCCGAUAUCACCCGCAUUCGUGAGGUCAGCGUCCUCGUCACUCGCAAGGUGAUGCGUGCCGCCCAGGAAGACAAGGUCGAUCGCGAGAUCGCCCUCCGCUCCAUGAGCGAUCUUGAGUUGGACAACUGGAUCAAAGCCCGCAUGUACGAUCCUCACACCGAGGUUCGCGCUCUGGAGCGUGAGGUCGGCCACCUCCUCUCCAGCCUGGGCACAAUCUCACCUCCCAUCACGGUGAAUGGCUCCCCCACCGAGGAGAAGAACGGUGCCAAGCUGUAA